AUGUUAGUGCUUCGUCGUCCACCCAUUCUCCUUCGUCGGCAAGCAAGAAAUGUGACAAACUCGACAAAAGGACCCACUGCUGUUGUCCUACUGAAUAUGGGCGGCCCGGCAACCAAGAAUGAUGUUGGAGAUUUUCUGUAUAGACUUUUCUCAGACGGCGAUCUGAUACCCCUGGGACGGUUUCAACGCUACAUAGCCUCGUUCAUUGCACGUACGAGAACGGCCAAGAUCCAGAAGCAAUACGAAGUAAUUGGUGGUGGCUCGCCAAUUCGGAAAUGGUCUKAGUAUCAAGCUCAAGAGCUUUGCAAGAUUCUGGACAGGACCUCUCCAGAGACGGCGCCGCAUAAGCCUUAUGUUGCGUUUCGCUAUGCUAGACCACUCACUGGAGAGACCUAUGCUCAGCUCCUCGAAGAUGGGUUUGGUGAAGAGGGGAGAGUUGUUGCGUUCUCACAGUAUCCUCAAUUCUCGUGCUGUACGACGGGAAGUUCGAUGAAUGAAUUAUACAGGCUUCGACAGGACUUGGAAAGGAGUAAGGAGCCAUGUGAGGGAGUUCAAUGGAGUAUCAUUGAUCGCUGGCCAACCAAUGCUGGCUUUGUGGAAGCAUUCGCAAAGAAUAUCAAGAAUCGACUUGAAGAGUACAAGCCUGAGAGAAGGAGGGAUGUGACGCUUCUAUUCUCUGCGCACAGUCAGCCGAUGAGCUUUGUCAACAAAGGAGAUACUUAUUCCAMACAAGUCGCCGCUUCUGUGCAAGCGAUCAUGUCGCGGCUGAACUUCUCGAAUCCUUACCGUAUCGUAUGGCAAUCCAAGGUCGGGUUUCAGCCCUGGCUAGGCCCUCAGACGGCGAAGACAGUCGAAGGCAUGAUUCAAAAUUGCAAGACCGAUGCGAUAAUCGUCCCGAUUGCAUUCACAUCGGACCACAUUGAAACGCUAUACGAGCUGGACGAGGAGCUCAUUGGAGAAUCCGGCCAUGCGGAUACGAUCAAGAGGGCCGAGAGCUUGAAUGGAAGUCGAAUUUUCAUUGAAGCGAUGGCUGGGAUCGUGGAAGAGCAUUUGCGAGGCGGCUCGAUGGCAUCGAGACAGCUUGAGCAAAGAUGCUCUGGGUGUACGAAGGAGGCUUGCCUGGGUAGUCGGCGGCUCUUCACAGGGAGGGCGAAUCUAUCUUGA